CCCCGGUUGGUUUUUCGUCGGAGCAGCAUGAAGUGCAGCCGCGAUGGCCAGGAGAGGUAAGAGCGUGGUCAGGACGCUGGAAGAUCUGACGCUGGACUCGGGUUAUGGUGGCGCGGCGGACUCGGUCCGCUCUUCCAACUUGUCGCUGUGCUGCUCCGAUUCACACCCGGCGUCGUCCUCGUACCCUUAUGGAGGGAGCUGCUGGCCGCAUCUAGCUGACUCCAUGCACAGCAGACACAACAGCUUUGACACCGUCAACACUGCCCUGGUGGAAGACUCCGAGGUGCUGGACUGCGCGGGCCAGCACUGCUCCAGGCUGCUGCCCGACCUCGAAGACGUGCCUUGGACCCUGCCCGAGCUGGAGGCGCUGCUGCUGCUGCGCCCCCGGGAGCCGCGGGCCGGCCUGGCGACCGCCUGCCUUCCGGCGCCCGCGGCGGGCCCGGGCCUGCCCAAGGAUGCCCUGGCCCGCCUCUCCACGCUGGUGAGCCGGGCGCUGGUGCGGAUCGCCAAGGAGGCGCAGCGGCUGAGCUUGCGCUUCGCCAAGUGCACCAAGCACGAGGUCCAGAGCGCCAUGGAGAUCGUGCUGUCCUGGAGCCUGGCCGCGCACUGCACGGCCGCCGCGCUCGCCGCGCUCUCCCUCUACAACAUGAGCAGCACCGGCGGCGACCGCUUCGGCCGCGGGAAGUCGGCCCGCUGCGGGCUCACCUUCUCCGUGGGCAAGGUGUACCGCUGGAUGGUGGACAGCCGCGUGGCGCUGCGCAUCCACGAGCACGCAGCCAUCUACCUGACCGCCUGCAUGGAGAGCCUCUUCCGGGACAUCUACGGCCGGGUGCUGGCCGCCGGCUCGCUGCCGUCUCCUGGCCCUGGCCCCCGGUCCGGCCCCGGUCCAGCCGCCGCCGCCCCCGCCUCCCGGGGCGCUGCCCCCGCCGCCCCCCGAGAGCGGGAGGCCGGGGCAGGAGCGGGGGUCGGGCCCGGGCCCGGGCCCGGGGCCGGAGGGGGCUGCAGUGCGGGGAGCAGCACCAGCGGGGGCAGCAGCUGCUGCGCGCCCCCCGCAGCUGGCGCCACUGCCCAGGCGGCCGCGGCCGUAGCCGCGGCCGCCGGCCACCACCUCGUCCACCACCACCACCACCACCACUACCACCAGCCGCAGCACCACCACCACGCUCCCCACGAGCCUCCCAAGUUCACCGUGGAGUCCCUGGAGCAGACUGUCAACAACGACUCGGAGCUCUGGGGGCUGCUGCAGCCCUACCAGCACCUCAUCUGCGGGAAGAACGCCCACGGCGUCCUCUGCCUGCCAGACAGCCUGACCCUUCACCGAGACCCCCAGAGACCAAACAAGCCCGGAGAACUGCCCAUGUUCAGCCAGUCAGAGCUAAGGACCAUCGAACAAUCCUUGCUGGCCACCCGAGUAGGCAGCAUUGCAGAACUGAGUGACCUGGUAUCCAGAGCAAUGCAUCACCUGCAGCCACUCCAUGCCAAGCAGCAUGGCAACGGGACGCCCAUGCACCACAAACAGGGGGCACUGUAUUGGGAGCCCGAGGCGCUGUACACCCUCUGCUAUUUCAUGCACUGCCCCCAGAUGGAGUGGGAAAACCCCAACGUGGAACCAUCCAAAGUCACCCUCCAGAUCGAAAGGCCCUUCCUCGUGCUGCCCCCUCUGAUGGAAUGGAUCCGAGUGGCCGUGGCUCACGCUAGUCACCGACGCAGCUUCUCCAUGGACAGUGACGACGUCCGCCAGGCCGCCAGACUCCUGUUGCCGGGCGUGGACUGUGAACCCCGACAGCUCAAGGCGGAUGACUGUUUCUGUGCCUCUCGAAAACUGGAUGCUGUGGCCACUGAAGCGAAAUUCAAGCAGGACCUGGGCUUCCGGAUGCUGAACUGCGGGCGGACGGACCUUGUGAAGCAGGCGGCAUCUCUGCUGGGUCCUGAUGGAAUCAAUACAAUGAGUGAGCAGGGCAUGACCCCACUGAUGUACGCCUGUGUCCGAGGGGAUGAAGCCAUGGUACAGAUGUUGCUGGAUGCCGGAGCUGACCUGAAUGUGGAGGUAAUCAGUACUCCUCACAAAUAUCCAUCUGUCCACCCUGAGACCCGCCACUGGACGGCUCUGACAUUUGCUGUAUUGCAUGGACAUAUUCCUGUAGUUCAGCUCUUACUAGAUGCCGGGGCCAAAGUGGAAGGCUCUUUAGACCACGGGGAGGAGAACUAUUCGGAAACACCCUUGCAGCUGGCUGCCGCUGUAGGAAAUUUUGAACUGGUUAGUUUGCUGUUGGAGCGAGGAGCCGAUCCAGUGAUAGGAACAGUGUACAGAAAUGGCAUUUCUCCAACCUCACAGGGCGAUAUGAAUUCUUUCAGCCAGGCCGCAGCCCACGGACACAGGAAUGUGUUCCGCAAACUUCUUGCUCAGCCAGAGAAGGAGAAGAACGACAUCCUAUCCCUGGAGGAGAUUUUGGCCGAGGGCACUGACUUGGCGGAGACAGCCCCGCCGCCCCUGUGCGCCAGCCGCAACAGCAAGGCCAAACUGAAGGCCUUAAGGGAGGCCAUGUAUCACAGCGCUGAGCAUGGCUACGUGGAUGUCACAAUUGACAUAAGGAGUAUAGGAGUGCCGUGGACUCUGCAUACGUGGCUGGAGUCUUUGAGGGUGUCUUUCCAGCAGCACCGGAGGCCAUUGAUCCAGUGUUUAUUAAAAGAGUUUAAAUCUAUCCAAGAAGAGGAAUACACAGAAGAACUUAUUACCCAAGGUCUGCCACUGAUGUUUGAGAUCCUGAAGGCAAGCAAGAAUGAAGUGAUCAGUCAACAGCUGUGCGUCAUCUUCACUCACUGUUACGGACCUUAUCCCAUCCCCAAACUGGUGGAGAUAAAGCGUAAGCAGACUUCCCGCCUAGAUCCUCAUUUUCUCAAUAAUAAAGAGAUGUCUGAUGUUACCUUUCUGGUGGAAGGAAGGCCAUUUUAUGCACACAAAGUAUUGUUGUUUACUGCAUCUCCCAGGUUCAAGGCACUCCUGUCCACCAAACCAACAAAUGACAGCACUUGCAUUGAGAUCAAUUAUGUGAAAUACCCCAUUUUCCAGCUGGUCAUGCAAUAUCUUUACUAUGGCGGUCCAGAGUCACUUCUUAUUAAGAACAAUGAGAUAAUGGAGCUCCUGUCUGCCGCCAAGUUUUUCCAGCUCGAAGCUUUGCAGCGACAUUGUGAGAUCAUCUGUGCAAAAGGGAUCAACACAGAGAACUGUGUAGAUAUAUACAACCAUGCCAAGUUCCUCGGCGUCACAGAGCUCUCGACCUACUGCGAAGGCUACUUCCUCAAGAACAUGAUGGUCCUCAUUGAAAACGAGGCCUUCAAGCAACUUUUGUACGAUAAAAACGGGGAAGCAUCAGGUCAGGAUGUACUCCAGGACUUGCAGAGGACGUUGGCAAUCAGGAUACAAUCCAUUCACUUAUCCUCUUCCAAAGGCUCUAUCGUCUAACCCCCCGAGACUAGAGGGCACUCCCGAAGGACCUUCCACAUUCUCUGGCUGCGUCAGCUUCCGAUGAAUACACACGAUUCCCACCGGCAUGUUCUUGUCUGGACCCAGGGGCUUCCUCGGCUGCCCCGGCUCCUCCUGGCUCAGUGACUGUGUACAGCUCUCGUGCAUUCCUGACACCGGGGAGAUCCUGCUGAUGGCUGGCUAGCGACUGGGUCCUGAUUUGGAAAUCCAGUGAGGGGACCAUGGAGCUGCGACCCCACUUUGGACAUCCCUUGAAGUACGCCCAUUGGUGCUGGGGACCGCUGAUGGAAACACACCCACGUAGAGAUGGUUGGGCUUCCUGAAGCCUGAUGAAGAACGGUCCGGUACCCAUCCCUAAGAGCAUCCCCGUAUGCGCUUCCAGAGACUGGUGGUUGCAGGUUUAGUGAGUUUCCAUCACACCCGAGAGACAGUUAGAAAGAUUGCAAUCAUGAGGAACAGUCUAGGCAAAUUUAUAAGGGUGGGGACUUUUUAAAAAAUAUAUGUUCAUUAAAAAAAAUGGGGUAGCCUUGUAGUUUAAAAAUAUAUUUCUAAAAAGCUUAAAAGUUCCUUUUCAACAGAAUUGUGUAUAAGGAUCCAAGUUUGGGAUUUUUCCUUGUUUUUUUAAAGGUCAAAGGUACUCCCUGUGUCAGUGCAAUAGACAAGAUUUCCACUGGUGUUGUUUAUCAGCCGAUUUAAUCUUGCCUCGCCAACCACAGUGAUACACAAGAGGUACACUGCCAACAACCACCUCCAGUUCUGCCAUUGAAGAAACAAUCCUGCAUGCUAUCGUUAUUUGGGGUUCGAAUAAAGGAGCAUCUUCUCCUCCUGCCCUGCGAAGCCUUUGCAUGGGGCUGGACCUGGCCCACACGAUAUCCACGCUACAUAGUUGCCAAGGAUUCCACGGGACGUCAUCGUCUCUCGCUCCGCCGCCGCCGCCGGUCCAGCCGAUGCUGCCCAUUCCUUUUCUGGUGGAGCCUCAUAGUGCAAUCGAUGGUUUCCGUGGGAUCAAAUUGGUAGAAACUGAAUUUUGAGGGAAGCCAGGGUGGGUCGGGGGUGGGAAGGGGCUUGGGGAGGGAGACGUGAGAGCAUUUAGCAUUUAUCCCGGGGCUCUCUUCAAUUCUAGUAAGAUAUCAGUACUUUGCUACCGACCAGAGAGCGUGACUAUGUUAGACUAUUUGUUAUGACUAAAUAUGUAAUAUAGAAUGAUUUCCCAUUGCACCCCACAAGUGGACGGUCUAGGACUCUGGGUCGUGGACAUUUAUUUACUGCUGGGUCUCAGUUCCCUUUGCAAGUCAGUAGCUAGCAAGAGAGAUAGGUGAGGGACCACAAUAACUUCUUAGAACUUUUCACACAUCCUUGUUUUAAAAUAUCCACGAGUGCAGCAAAAACUCUUCACCAUUUGGGGCGACAUCUUGAUAUCAGCUUCCUUCUCUCCCAGCAUGCCUCUUCAGAAAUUACCGCUGUCCCCCAGAAUCUGUUUCAGGAAACCUUCCCCCACGCCUCUGUCGCGCGAGGUAAUUCUUGGGUCCAUCGCUCAGAAUGUUUGAUGUAUGUCAGUGGCUGCUUCAUAUUUCCUCCUCCCGGCACCCCCAGGGCUCCCUGCUCCCACUCAGCCCAUCAGCUAGGAAUCGAUUGGUCUCGACAUCGGUGUGGAUCACUCGGAAAGCCUCUCAGAUUCCCUCUGGACACAAAGGGGUGAACGCAAACGGCUUCCCACCCGCCCCAGGGGAAGAUCCACAGCAUGUGAUCCGGCAGGAAGCCUCCCGCUGUGUCCGAGAUGUAGCCCUCCUGGCCACUUCCUGUCCUUGAAUGUUCAAUGCUAGAGCAGAGCAGCUCCGCCUUGGCUUGUGUGAUGGCAACCCUUCCUCCCCCCGCCCCCAAUGGUGUUCAUGUUCGAGCUUGGUGUGCUUUCUCUGUCAUUAAAGCAAAUAUGAUUUUUUUCCAUGCUGUGAUCUGUUUUGUAUGAUGGGCAACUACCCCGAGUGGCCACUCCAAGGUAGAUCUUGUCUUGUUACAGACUUGACAAUCCUCCCUUACCAAAAAACAAAAACAAAACAAAAACCUUGUUGUCCCUUAAAACUCUGUGGGAAGUGAACAAUGAUACCAAUUGAGCUCUCAUAACACCUAACAGAGAGCCUUCCUCCAUUAUUCAUGUGCCAGGGCUUUCAGACACAGUCCCAUCCACUUUCAUGUCAUUUCCACUGGUAUA